AACGCGUCGUGUUGGCUGCCUCGAUUUUCAGCGGUCGGUAAACGUUUCUCCGGCGUGGAAAACGGGUAUAAAACAGGCUCAUAGAAGUCCCUCUCUUCCUACAAACUUCCGCCGCGGAGGAGACGCCAGACGCACUCGCCCGUUCGGUGACAGUCCCCCUUCUGCCGGCAUGGCUUCUGCACGGAGAUUUGUCGUCGUUGGAAACUGGGAUGCGAGUGUGAGGGACAAUGACGUGGAGAGAUUGGCUAAUACGCUGAGGACCGGGCCGCUGAAUCCUAAUACUGAAGUUGUAAUAGGAUGUCCCACAUGGUCCUAUAACAUCGCCAAGCAGCAUCUUCCCCGAGAGGUUGGGAUAGCUACUCAGGGCAGCUACAAGACAGAGAUAGUUUUAAACAAAAGAACCUCUCUAGAGAUGACCAGCAACUACGGCCACGACUGGGUGCUUCUGAACGACUUCGAGUCCAACGACAACCUCGACGAGAAUGUGAGACGUGCGCUUGAGGCCGACCUGAAGAUAAUUGCAUGCGUGUGCGAGACAACGGACGACCGCAAGAACGGCCGCACACGUGAGGUGUUGUUCCGACAGCUCGAAUCCUUAGCGUCCGCCAUCAGCGACUGGUCCCGCGUAGUCGUCGCCUUCGAGGCUCUGUGGGCUAGCAACACGGGCGUCAUCGCCACGAACCAGCAGGUGCAGGAGGCCCUGGCACUCGUGCGGGACUGGCUGCGGAACAACUUGGGCGAUAACGUAGCCGAUACAACUCGCAUCAUCUAUUCGGGAUCGGUCUUCCCUUACAACUGCCACGCCCUAGCCAAGCUGAAGGAUUUAGACGGAUUUCUGGUAGGAAGCGACGCCCUCAACUUCGACUUCCUCCAGAUCGUCAACGCGUCGAGGUCAUCCCAUACAGCUCUACUGAUGAAACAGCAACAGCUCAAGGUCACGUCGCAUCUUAUCCAGGGACUUCGAGAAGAAUAUUUCCAUCACAAGUCCCUCCAGAGAAAGCGCUUCCCAAAGAGAUACAUCUAGUCUGCUUUGUUAAAAAAAAAAAAAAUUAUUUAAUCUAUUUAUUUAUGUUAUACUCUCCCAACUUCAGUGUGAAUGAUUUUGAUACCCA